UGUCAUUCUGGAUGCAUUCAUUAUCAUAACAGAUUGAAAAAAUUAAAGUGAGCAGAGAGUGGGGAGUAAGAGAGAGAGGGGGAGAGAGAGAGAGGGAGAGAGAGAGCGAGUGAGUGAAAGGGGAAGUCUCCAAAAAAAGGAGAGGAAAAAGAAAAAAAAACAUCAGACGUUACAUGUGGCUGUUGGAGGGUGUGAUCCAGUUAUGGAGGGAGACAAAAUCGCAGCUCUGAAGAGGUCCUUUGAGGUGGAAGAGGUGGACCAGUCGGCACACUCUUCUCCCCAUGCCCGCAGAACGGUCAACACGCACCUGAGGACGGCUGGCACCCCCUCCGGCCCUCGCUUCCUCGACCUGGGAAGCCGCAAUUCAGAUUUCAGCCAGAAGGUGCCCUCGGAGGUGGCCAACCAGCGCUCCCCCAAGAUCAGCCUCCGCCGCAUGGAGCUGACAGGGAGCCGUGCCCCCGAGCCCGUCCCCCGUCGUACAGAAAUCUCCAUCGACAUAUCCUCCAAGCAGGUGGACAGCUCCCCCAGCCCCGGCAUCUCCCGCUUCGGCCUGAAGAGGCGGAGGCCCCCGCCCUGGGCAAGGCCCCAGACCUAACACAGAGAAGGGCAGAGCUUAUCUUUAGCAGGCCUCAGGAGGCCCCGCCUCCCAGGAGAGCUGAUCCGCCCCCUCUGCUGCCAGGAUCCCUGAGCUGGUCCACAGGAAACCAGAGACCCCAGGUCCCCUGGAACCGCUGACCCGGAGGUCCGAAAUCCACAUCACCAAAAUUCCAGAGGUUUCGGCUCUGAACAAGGUGGCCGAAAACAAUGUACACGUGACCCCCAGCAUCCCACCCAGCUACACAGAGAUCAAGGCCCCGCCCUCUGCACCUGAGGUCUACAUCGGAGGCCCUGACAGGUCAGAGGUCACGUCGAGCAGCACCAUGUCGGAUCCCACAAAGCCAUCCCUGCCACCGGUGCGUGCAGACAAGCCAAGUGCAGACUUCAGCUAUGUGGGCAUCGACGCCAUCCUGGAGCAGAUGAGGAGGAAAGCGUUGAAGCAGGGGUUCGAGCUCAACAUCAUGGUAGUGGGACAGAGUGGCCUUGGCAAGUCGACGCUGAUGAACACCCUCUUCAAGUCGAAGGUGAGCCGCAAGUCCACGCAGGCACCUCCGGAGGAGAGGAUCCCCAAGACGAUCGAGAUCAAGUCUGUCAGUCACGACAUAGAAGAGAAGGGCGUGAGGAUGAAGCUGACGGUCAUUGACACGCCGGGAUUCGGAGACCAGAUCAACAACAAGAAUUGCUGGGUGCCCAUCAUGAAGUUCAUCAACGACCAGUAUGAGCUGUACCUGCAGGAGGAGAUCAACAUCAACAGGAAGAGGAGGAUCCCAGACUCGCGCGUGCACUGCUGCGUCUACUUCAUCCCCCCCACGGGUCACUGCCUGAGGCCCCUGGACGUGGAGUUCAUGCAGCGUCUCAGCAAGGUGGUGAACAUCGUCCCCGUCAUUGCCAAAGCGGACACACUGACACUCGAGGAACGGGACUUCUUCAAGCAGAAGAUCCGGGAAGAGCUGCGGGCCAACGGGAUCGACGUGUACCCGCAGAAAGAGUUUGACGAGGACGCGGAGGACAGGGCGACCAACGAGAGGAUCCGAGAGAUGAUUCCCUUUGCGGUGGUGGGGAGCGACCAGGAGUACCAGGUCAACGGGAGGAGGCUCCUGGGACGGAAAACGAAGUGGGGCACCAUAGAAGUUGAGAACACGGCACACUGCGAGUUUGCGUUUCUGCGUGACCUGCUGAUCAGGACCCACAUGCAGAACAUCAAGGACAUCACCAGCAGCAUCCAUUACGAAGGGUAUCGCGUCCGCAGGCUCAACGAGAGCAACGCGCAGAGCAACGGCAUCGAUGAGCAUGACGUGUCAGCCAGCGAGAUUUAGAUGGCUGCCACCCCCCCACCCCCUCCCCCAGUCCCACCUCACUCUAUCCUGACUGGCUGGCCCAUCACAUCAGUGGCCAGUUCAUUUGUACCCCCCACCCCCCACCCCGUGUCUGCGGGAUGCACGAAAUCUCUCUGAUUCGUUAUUUUGACGCACCACCUAUCAGUUCCGCACUGCUAUUCCUUAAAAGGGCGUCGCACUUCGGACCCCCAUUAGGCCAUUAAGCCUGUGUUUAAGUGCCCCCCAGCAUCCUGUUCUGCCGCGGGCCCGUUCCCGUGGCUGAGCUGCCGCAACCCACCAGCAGGGGGCAGGGUAGACCGUGGGAGCCUUAGAGCCAGAGGGGUGUUGCCGGUGACGACGACAGUGUGCUGCUUUCACGCAGGCUGUAGCGAUGGGUGCAGUACUCCAACCCCCCACCCCCCCCCCUGCAAUUUGGUAGGUGCCAAUUAACGUUUGGGAACGGGGCAUCUAUCAUAUGGCCACCAGUAAGUCUGGAAACCGUGUCAUUUACAACCCGCCCGGGAAGCAGGUGACGCAGCUUCAGAGACGCGCUGAUCUCCUGGGGACGGGUCUUUGGGGGCUCUUUAGCAGACGGGUGUGUCCGUGUAGAGAUUCGUUGAUUCUGGUCUUAUUGUUUUGUUUUUGCUGCCGUUUAACGAGCACAUUGCCCACCGGGACCCCAGGCAGCAUGUAGACAGAUGAGUGGGUCGCGAUCCCAGUCAGCACCAGCAGUGUGUAGCGACCUGCCCCUCUCUUAGCGAUUCUUUGUUUUAAUUAUACCCUGUCCCCCUUCAUGCCAAACGGUUUUGUAUGCUGCUUUUGAACCUGACCUUUCUUACGGUUACAUUUAUCAUCGUUUAUAUUGUUUAUUUCUGGAGGGGCUUAUAAGGAAUCCUGAUCUGUCCAUUUCCUGUGGCUUCUGUGCCUUAUGUAGAGCAAAUUCGUGUUCCUGUUCUAAAGACAGCAGAUAUGGGAUUGAUAUGGAUAAAAUAUUUAUGUAUAUCAAAGGAUAAGUAUGUACUCCUAAUUCCGACAUCCCCCCCCCCCCCCCUUGGCAGGAACAGCCACAACUGGGUGGUGUCAGUAUUUCGGUCUAAUUCUCUUUAUUUAUUGGCUCUCAGAGGCACCAGCAGCUUUGUCAUUGGCUGGAGAAGAGUGAAGCGUCAGUGACAACCACCAGCCAAUCAAAACUGUCUGCGUUUUGGAGCCUGCCUAUUGGCUGCCUUGUGGGGUGUUGGUCUCCCCAGCCCAUGCUCCCACAUCGCCUGUUUCUCCGCAGGCCCCGACUUGUAGGCUUUCUCUUGGGCCCUUAUCUCCCCCCCCCCCCCCCCCCCCAAAAAAAAAUGCUUUGGGGUUUGGGGGACAAGCCGCGUUUGGUGACGCCGGGCAGGGCCGUCAAUGAGGAUUUCCCACGAUUCCCUGCUUCGGAGCUGGCAGUAGGGAUGCCUUCUCGGGGUGUACGCUCCCCAAGGAUUCAGGAUUGAACACCCAUUUUUAUAUUGCCCCCGUCUCCACCCCCGCUCGGCAUUUAGAGUGGGGUGGGGGGGGCGUUUGGGUUUUGCCAAAGUCAUGCUGCCGAGACCUUCGACAGAAAGAGGAGCAGGGGGAAGCAGCUAAAGCAGGAGUGCUAAGGAGUGCUAAGGAGUGCUAAGGAGUGCUAAGGAGUGCGCGGCUCCGGACGCGGACAUAGAUGGCGGGGCUCUGUGCUCUUUCCACCUGUGCGGUUUUAUCUGCCUCCUCUCCUGCCUCCUGCCUCCUUUGAGGAUUUUAUCUCCUCACCCCACUGCUUUGUCCGCUGAUGAUCUAAUUGUAAAGUCCUUCCUCCUAAUAAUCGACAGCUGAACUUAAUGAGAGUAAGAUUUUGUUUGUGCUACGCAGGACCUAAGAAGGAAUGUUUUUAUGUCAUUUGUGUCUGCAAACUGAAAUGUAUUAAAGAAGCAAUAAACUUAUUCACAUCUUUUGCUGCA